UUCGACCCGGGAGCACGGCGUGGAAGGCGUGUUCCCCGGCUCUGCGGCCCGGACACCGGCUUCCUUCUCUCCUUACCCUGCGCUCCCGCCUGGGUUCUCGGGGCGGGGGGUGGAGGGAAGGGGCGAAGGAGGAGGCGGUGAAAGCGGGGUGAAGGGCGGAGUGGUCCCGGCGCGGGCGAGGCGCGCUGCCUCGCGCUCUCUCUCCCCCGCCGGGUGCCUCGGCCCGGGGCGCGCGGGGCUCCGGCCGCCCGCACUAUGCAGGCGGACUGCUGGCCGCCGCGAUGGCAGGCCGGGUGGUGCUGAGAGCCGGGCGCUGCCCGCAGUGUCCCCGAGUCCGGCCCGCCGCCCCCGUCAGGGCGGCGCUCCCCCUCUCCCGCCUCCUCUCUCGCGGCCCCAACCCCUCCUCCUCCGCGCCCUCCUCUUCCUCCUUGGCCUCCUCCUCCAUGCCUCUGUUCCUCCUGCUCUUACUUAUCCUGCUUCUGCUGCUAGAGGACACCGGAGCCCAGCAAGGUGAUGGAUGCGGACACACUGUACUAGGCCCUGAAAGUGGAACUCUUGCGUCUAUAAACUACCCGCAGACCUAUCCCAACAGUACCGUUUGCAAAUGGGAGAUCCGUGUCAAGAUGGGAGAACGAAUUCGGGUCAAAUUGGGUGAUGUUGACAUUGAAGAUUCUGAUUCUUGUCAUUUUAGUUACUUGAGAAUUUAUAAUGGAAUUGGACUUGGCAGAACAGAAAUAGGUAAAUACUGUGGUCUGGGGUUACAAGUGAACCAUUCAAUUGAAUCAAAAAACAAUGAAAUUACAGUGCUGUUCAUGAGUGGAAUCCAUAAUUCUGGACGAGGAUUUUUGGCUGCAUACUCAGUUAUAACUAAACAAGAUCUAAUUACUUGUUUGGACAUUGCAUCCAACUUUUUGGAACCUGAGUUCAGUAAGUACUGCCCACCUGGUUGUCUCCUUCCUUUUGCUGAGAUAUCUGGAACAAUUCCUCAUGGAUAUAGAGAUUCCUCACCAUUAUGUGUGGCUGGUAUACAUGCAGGAGUAGUGUCCAAUGUGUUGGGUGGCCAAAUCAGUGUUGUAAUUAGUAAAGGCAUCCCGUACUAUGAAAGUUCUUUGGCCAACAACGUCACAUCUGUGGUGGGACACUUGUCUACAAGUCUUUUUACGUUUAAGACAAGUGGUUGUUAUGGAACACUGGGAAUGGAAUCUGGUGUGAUCGCUGACCCUCAGAUAACAGCAUCAUCUGUAUUGGAGUGGACUGACCAAACAGGGCAGAAGAACAGUUGGAAACCUGAAAAGGCCAGACUUAAAAAACCUGGACCUCCUUGGGCUGCUUUUGCCACUGAUAAAGAUCAGUGGUUACAAAUAGAUCUGAAUAAGGAAAAGAAGAUAACAGGCAUUAUCACUACUGGAUCAACCAUGAUAGAACACAAUUAUUAUGUAUCUGCCUACACCAUUCAGUACAGUGAUGAUGGGCAGAAAUGGACUGUGUACAGUGAGCCUGGGACGGAGCAGUGUAAGAUAUUUCAAGGAAACAAAGAUUAUCACCAGGAUGUGCGUAAUAACUUUUUACCACCAAUUAUUGCACGUUUUAUUAGAGUGCACCCUACCCAGUGGCAGCAGAAAAUUGCCAUGAAAGUGGAACUGCUUGGCUGUCAGUUUAUUCCUAAAGGUCGUCCUCCAAAACUUACUCAACCUCCACCGCCCCCGAAAAACGAUAUUAAAAACACCACAACCCCUCCCAGAAUAGCCAAAGGUCGUGCCCCAAAAUAUUCUCAACCAUUACAGCCUCGCAGUAGUAAUGAAUUUCCUGUACACACAGAACAAACAACUAUCACUCCUGAUAUCAAAAAUACAACCAUAACUCCAAAUGUAACCAAAGAUGUAGCGCUGGCUGCUGUUCUUGUCCCUGUGCUAGUCAUGGUCCUCACUACUCUUAUCCUAAUAUUAGUAUGUGCUUGGCAUUGGAGAAACAGAAAGAAAAAAACUGAAGGCACCUAUGAUUUACCUACUUGGGACCGGGCAGGUUGGUGGAAAGGAAUGAAGCAGUUUCUCCCUGCCAAAUCAGUGGAACAUGAGGAAACCCCAGUUCGCUACAGCAGUAGUGAAGUUAAUCACUUGACUCCAAGAGAGGUCACCACAGUGCUACAAACUGACUCUGCAGAGUAUGCACAACCACUUGUAGGAGGAAUUGUGGGUACGCUUCAUCAGAGAUCAACCUUUAAACCAGAAGAAGGAAAAGAAGCAGGCUAUGCAGACCUGGAUCUUUACAACUCUCCAGUGCAGGAAGUUUACCAUGCAUAUGCUGAACCACUCCCAAUCACGGGGCCUGAAUAUGCAACCCCAAUUGUCAUGGACAUGUCAGGACGCCCCACAGCUUCAGUUGGUCUACCCUCUACAUCCACUUUCAAAACUGCAGGGAACCAGCCUCCUUCUUUAGUGGGAACUUACAACACACUUCUCUCCAGGACUGACAGCUGCUCCUCAGCCCGAGCCCAGUAUGAUACCCCUAAAGGUGGGAAGCCAGGUCCAGAUGCCCCAGAAGAACUGGUGUAUCAGGUGCCACAGAGCACACAGGAAGUACCAGGAGCAAGAAGGGAUGGGGAGUAUGAUGUCUUUAAAGAAAUCCUUUGAAGAUGAUGCUGCUUGUUACAAAGCAUCAAUUUAAAGCACAUGGCCUUUUAAAAAAAAUUAUUAGUGGUAGUAAUAUAUAGAAUGUCUUAAAUAUCUGUCACUGAAGUGGUUGGGAAAAUGUGGCCAAGGUACAGGAAACUACUUAUCUUGCCAUCUUGCUUUAAAGGUGUUACUGUGGCACAGUUACUACUUGCCUGUUAAAUUUUCAACUUGUUUAUUACUACUGUAAAACACUAUUUUUAAUACAGAAAAAGACCCCUAUAAUGCACUUCAAAGAAACUGAAAAUCACUGAGAGUAUUUAUUACCAAUGCUGCAGGUACAUUAAUGAGCUUGAGUUGGUUCUGUAAGCCUGAUGGGCAAUACGCAUGGUACUGUUCUUGAAAUAUCUAAUGGCUUGAAAUUUUCCUUUUGUGAAAGGUGGGUACUAUUAUGUUUGCCUCCUUUUCUAUUCCUGAAUUGCAUCCUGGACUUUAAUAGUGAUAUAGCAUUGUUUUGAUUGUAGCCAUACACACUUCUGUCUUAAGAAGACUGGUGGCUAGGAAGCUGACUUGUAAUGAGGUGGGUUACUAACUCGUCACUUGCUGACACUCUGAGAGCUUUAAGACUUCAUGGUAGAGGACCUGGUCUCCACUCUGCUCCUUCCAAUGGGGCCCUUCAUGGCUGGCCCAUUUCGUGUUCAUAAAAUGUUUGUGUUUUUUUGUAGUUAAUACUUGUUUUAUCAAUCUCAUGAGGUCAGAUCCUCUGAUAUCUUUAUACUUUGUGAAAAUAGGAAAAGGAAUUUAAAAUUUAGAAAAGCUGUAAAGAAGAUUCUCUCUGUACACUCAGAAAUAAUAUAAAUUACCAUGAAAACAAAAAAGUGACCAGAGGUAUCCUCUGGUUUUACACACACACACACAGAAUCUCAAGGUGUGUUAUGAUUUUAGUCAAAUAAUUUUAAUUUCAGUUUUCCUCAGUAAAAUUUGGUAAGAAAUAGAAACCCAAUGUGUAUCCUGCGGUACAGUGUGGUUGCAUCUUUUGUGUAUAGUAAGGUUUGUGAGUAGUUAUUUGUGUUACACCUAGGGAACAGAUGUAAUAGCAUCCUAGCAAAUGAAAUUGGUGUCUCCCAGCAACUCUUAGUCACCAUUUGUUCAUGACCUGCCCAGAACCUGUUUUAGAUGGGAUGAAUUAGAAGUCAUAUGUAAUGUAUUUAUUAUCCUGUAGUACAGAAACUAUGUCUAAACAUCUUAGACUGGCAAGACGAAUUAAGUUCACUGUGUGAUAAAAAUAUAUAAAUUUGACUUUCUCUCUUCCAUGAAUCUUGGCUGAUAGACUUGAUGUAAAAAAAAAAUGUACUUAAUUUUUUUUAUUAGUACAUGUUUGCAAUACAUAAUGUUUACAUUCCUUGUAUGGAGUUGGUUCAGGUACAUAUGAGAAAAAUCAAAUUAUAAAUAGAAUAAAAUAAAAGAUAAUAGUAGUAAGGAGAUAGAUCUUUCUAAAAUGUACUUGCCCUUUAGAUUCUAGAGUUCUGAUUUAUGCCACCAAUUAUUUUGUUGCCAGCAUUCACUAAAUUUGAAUAAAGAUGAACAGUAUUCAUUUUGCCUGCAUCUAUAUUAGUACUGUAUUCUAAAAACUGCAUCAAAAAAGAAUUAUUUCUACAGCUUCCUUGCCUUCUCCUUCUAAUAUUUUUGUUUUAUUCACGUUUUUUUUUCUUUGUGUGUGUAUGUGUGUGCUUUUCCUUUGUCAAACUUUGAGGCACAAUUUCAGUCAUUGAAAAAUCAAUGCAUAUUUUGUUUCAAGAUAUUUGACACAAAAAGCACAGCUGUUCAACUUUUAUUAACCAUGUACGAAUGUGUGAAGCACAUGUAUUAAUGCAGCUUUCUCCUUUCAGGUGGGAACAGAGUAAACCAAUUGCUUUAUUUUUAAUUCAUCCUUAAUACACAGAGAAUACACUUUUUCUCAAGUCGUGUACCUGUUUAAAGCUUUAAGAAAUGUUUUCAAUAAUUUUCAUUUUCCCAAAGAAACCUGCUAUUUUGUAUAAUUGUGUGCCCUGAUCACUUUUCCCUGAAGCUUGCUUUUUUUUUGUGGGAAGCAAAAUUUUCUGAAAUGAUCCAUAUUUUAACACUACAUUCAUAUUGUCACUGUGUUGUCCUUGAACUACCAAUGAUUUUAAUAAAGUACUUAGUUUUUACUAUUUUUAUAUAUUUUACUUUUCAGAUGAAGAGCUGAGCCUGAUCCAAAUAUUUUUUGUUUUAUUUUGUACUUUUUAGUUGUUUUUUCCUAUUAGUUUUUUUUGUUUAAUAUAUUUGUGUAUCUGAUAUAUAGUUCAAAUAUAUAUCAGACUAUGUCUGUACACACACAUACAGCCUUGGAGACAAUCAAGUAACAACUGAAAAUGUGAAGAUGACCAUUUUUUAAAAAUAAAAGUCCCUUGAAUGUUUAUUCUUUGCUUGAAACAUUUAAGACUUUAGUCACUGUGAUUUGGUUUACGGUUUUAGUUUUUUUUUUUCCCCCUCUAACAAUACAGUUACAGAAAUAGAAGAGUUAUGGCAAGUGUGACCACUAGACAUUUUAUAAAAUUAUGCUGACUUGGGCUGUUACUGGGUUCUAGGAACCAGCAUAGUUAAAAACACCAUAAUCUAGAUAGAUCCUAUUACAUUUGCCAGGUCUAGUCUAGCUAUUUAAGUUCAUGUUUCACUGUUUGCACUUUGCAUUUAACAGUGGGUUUACUCACUGAUGAAAGUGGUCCAAGUAGAGAAUUUAUGCAGAAUUAAAAGUACAUUAUGUCUGCCUUUCUCCCCUCACCCAGGGGUGAGUAGAAUAUGAGCUCAUUUAAAGAAUACGGCCUCCACGCUGCGGAGAGUGAUAAAGCCUGCGCUGCUUUGCCUUGGUGGUUCUACAUUGUCAGCUGGGGAGGAGAAGGGAUAUUGGAAACACCAUGUUGGAUGAGAUGACAGAACACUAUGUGUGUUCUACAGUACGUUAUGUAGAACACUGAAAACUUCCUUUAACUCUACCAACCGACCAGUCUCUGCUUAGGAAAAUAAUUAUUAGUUCUGCCUUUUGGUUUUGAACUUGAAGUCCCUAAACUGCAAACUCCAAGUAAGAGUUGGAUGGUUAUUGAAAUACUUUUAGGUCAACUGUGGCAUCAGUUCUCAUUUAAUCCAGUUUGUGACUAAGGGUUUUUUUUUUGUUUGUUUGUUGGCCCUGGGAACGGUGGAAGCAGAACCAUAUGUAUUGAAAUACACGCUAGAAGUAAAUGUGGUUUGGGCAUCAGUUAUAUUCUAGAAUGUACUUUUCUUACCUCGGCAUGUACUGUAGUCACUCAGUAUUUGUAUAUGUUGCUAGAUUUACAUUGUAUAAAUAGUGAGAUUUUAAUGUAUUCAUGUUUUUAAAAAUUGUGUAUAUGUGUCUUGCUCAGAUUAUUUGGCUUAAAUAAAUCAGCCUUGAAGUUUGUA